AGGGGACGCCCGGCUACCAUUGCAAAGUGCAAACACAUCGUUAUCUUCUCGUAGUCGUCACUGCUCAAUCCGAAAAACGUAAAAGCCCAGUAACCACUAGAAAUGGGCAAGCCAGUGAGCCACGGUCCACCGACCCAGUGGUGGCUUUUUUGUAGUGAGGGCGUUUGAGAGAGAGAGAUAUGGUGGCACACGUGGGAGUCAUCUCUCUCGGCUCUUGCUUCCCUCCUCUCCCUCGUCUUCCUUGGCUCUACUCCACCAAGCACAAGCCAUUUGCCGUGGCUGUAAUGAGUGAAUAUCCAGUCCGUGAAUGGAUUUUGUCAGAAGGAAAGGCAACCCAGAUAACAAAAAUCAGUCCCGUAGGCGGUGGCUGCAUCAAUCUUGCUAAUCGUUAUGAAACGGAUGCAGGUUCUUUCUUUGUGAAAACAAACAGGAGUAUUGGACCAUCUAUGUUUGAAGCAGAGGCUCUUGGUUUAGGUGCCAUGUAUGAAACCGGAUCAAUCCGUGUGCCUAGGCCAUUCAAGGUUGGAUCCCUACCUACGGGUGGUUCCUACAUCAUCAUGGAAUUCAUUGAAUUUGGUUCUUCCAGAGGCAAUCAGUCUGUUCUAGGGAGGAAACUUGCUGAAAUGCAUAAAGCUGGAAAAUCGAAGAAAGGCUUUGGUUUUGAUGUAAAUAACACCAUUGGCAGUACUCCACAGAUAAACACUUGGUCAUCAGAUUGGAUUCAUUUUUAUGGGGAGCAUAGAUUGGGCUACCAGUUGAAGUUGUUACUAGACGAGUACGGUGAUAGAAGCAUUUAUGAAAAAGGACAAAGGCUGGUGAAGAGUAUGGCACCUCUAUUUGACAAUGUGGCGAUUGAGUCUUGCUUGCUACAUGGAGACCUGUGGAGUGGAAAUAUCAGUUCUGACAGAAGUGGCGAGCCUGUUAUACUUGAUCCAGCAUGUUAUUAUGGACAUAGUGAAGCAGAAUUUGGAAUGUCGUGGUGCGCUGGCUUUGGAGGAUCAUUCUAUAAUGCCUAUUUUGAGCUUGUGUCUUCUCCAGGUGAUGCCCAAACAGCCAGGCUUUGAGAAGAGGAGAGAUCUUUAUAUGUUGUAUCAUUAUUUAAAUCAUUACAAUCUCUUCGGUUCCAGCUACCGUUCAUCGGCAAUGUCUAUAAUAGAUGACUAUCUCCGGAUGUUAAAUGCUUAGCAUCGAGUCUAAAAUGAUAACCACGUUUAUUCUACAUUA